AUGGCCGCCCUCACUAGAAAUUCAAUCACAGGACGCAAGCCGAUGAAAUCCACCUCCAUUGCUCUCAUGAGCAUCGUCGGUGUCGUCGCAAUGUUCCGACUGAUGGCGAAGAGAGGCACUACGAUGACCGCAAGCGAAGAAGUGGAAACAUCGCGAGGUGGCAGCGCUCAAACCGACGUGGGAAACAAGACCGCCCGACCUCCACGUACAUACCCGGUUCCUCGGGGUGGUUCGAUCUAA